GCACAGUGCGUGCGCCGAACGAGAGUGUGCACCCUUACCCACGCUGCCAGGAUCAGACACCGCUUCCCACGCUGCUUCUUAGAGGGGAGAAAGGAUGGAGAAAAAUAGCGAGAUCAACGGGCACGCACUGCCCAGCUCCGCGUCCACUGAUAUGAUCGUGGAGAAAAGCCCGAAGAGGAAGAAGAGUUUCAAGGAGAAGCUGAUGGAGUUCCUGGGGAAGAACCUGCUGGUGAUCCUGACGGUGUCCGGGGUGCUGGUGGGCGUCGGGCUAGGGAUGAUGGUCCGCAACAUGGACCUCAACAAGGCGCAGAUGACAUACUUCGCCUUCCCCGGAGAGAUGCUCCUCCGGAUGCUGAAGAUGAUCAUCCUGCCCCUGGUGGUGUGCAGCCUGGUGUCCGGCGCCGCCAGCCUGGACACGCGCUCCCUGGGCAAACUGGGGGGCAUCGCGGUCGCCUACUUCCUGGUGACCACGCUGAUCGCCUCGGGGAUCGGGGUGACCCUGGCUUUCAUCAUCAAACCCGGGGUGGGAGCUGGAGCCCUGAACACCAACGACCUGGGGCUGGAGAGCAUCCGCAACAACAAGGAGACCACCGACUCCUUCUUAGACCUGGCAAGGAAUUUAUUCCCAGCUAAUUUGGUGGCAGCUGCUUUCCGCUCUUAUGCCACUGAUUACAAGAUGGUUGCUGUAGGGAACGACACAAACGGGACUGCCCUCUAUCAAAAGGUGCCUAUUGGGACAGACACAGAUGGCAUGAACAUCCUUGGUCUGGUGUUAUUUGCGAUGGUGUUUGGCGUGGCGUUGAGGAAGCUGGGAGAAGAGGGGGAGGAACUCAUCCGUUUCUUCAAUGCUUUCAACGAGGCCACCAUGGUGCUGGUGUCCUGGAUCAUGUGGUAUAUCCCUUUUGGCAUCAUGUUCCUUGUGGGCAGUAAGAUUGUGGAGAUGGAAGAUGUUGGUCUUCUGGUCACUAGUCUGGGAAAAUAUAUCUUUGCUUCGAUCCUGGGCCACGUUAUCCACGGCGGCAUCGUCCUGCCCCUCAUCUACUUCGGCUUCACACGCAAGAACCCCUUCAGUUUCCUGUCAGGCCUCAUCACACCCUUCACCACGGCCUUCGCCACUUGCUCAAGUUCAGCAACUCUUCCCUCCAUGAUAAAGUGUAUCGAGGAGAACAAUGGAGUCGACAAGCGCAUCAGCCGCUUCAUCCUUCCCAUUGGGGCCACUGUCAACAUGGACGGAGCAGCCAUAUUCCAGUGCAUCGCUGCUGUCUUCAUCGCUCAGCUCAACAAUUAUGAGCUGAACGCUGGACAGAUAUUCACCAUCCUUGUGACAGCUACAGCCUCAAGUGUGGGCGCAGCAGGCAUCCCAGCUGGCGGCAUCAUAACCAUCGCCAUCAUCCUGGAGGCCAUCGGCUUGCCUACCAACGACCUAUCACUUAUGCUGGCUGUUGAUUGGAUUGUGGAUCGUACCACAACGGUGGUGAAUGUGGAAAGCGAUGCUUUGGGAGCUGGAAUCCUCCACCACAUCAACCAACAGGAAAUAAAGAAGCAGCAGGAGCGGCAGCAGCAGGAUGGGGAGCUGGCUGAGGUCCGGGUGGAGGCGGUGGCCAAUGCCCAGGCGGAAGAGGAGACCUCCCCGCUCGUCGCACACCAAACCAAAGCCUCAGCGGCCAUGCCGGAAGCCAUUGAGUCUGUCUUGUAAAAUGUGCAAGACUUUUCUUUCUUGCUUCCCGACCUUUCACUAUUUCUGAUGAUGCUGCUGAUGGGACACCAUUCUCACUCAGAGUCAAUUCAAAAACACAAGGUCACUGAUGGAUCACUUGGAGGGAAAACAAAGUGCCAUAGCAACAGUCUUUCUAGAGCAUUGACAGUAUACAGUGUAUCUACUUGGUUAAAAUAACUGGGUUUACUGCAGAUUAGGAUAUAAUGAAUUUCAGAACUAUUGCUUUUUAAAACAUUUCCCCAGUCUAGUUUUUAAAAGAAAUCACUUGAGGUACUUCUGUUUGUAUUUUUUACAUUUUUUACGUAUUUUGCGAAAGUCAGUAAGGGAAACAUUUGAUGUGUAUCAAUAUCCCCAAAACAUUCCCAUAAAUGUUGUAGUUGUGUUUGUCUGAUGUAAUGAGAUGCUCACAGCCAUACGUUUGUACAUUAGAGCACCUCAAGUGUAUUUAUCUGUUUUUAUCUUUAGACAGCAAAUACAACGGCCAACAUAAACUAUAGAACACUAACAACCAAAUGCUGACAAGCCAAAGUGUCUAACACAUGCUUGACAGUGUCUGUCCUAACUUAUUUACACGUUCAGGAUGCCUGUUUAAUCACUUUAACUUAGCUGGUGGAAACGUACUAAUUUGCAUUUUAUUUUUUCAAUGAAUUCGCUUUACGUUCUUUGCCUAAUGGAAACGUCAGUUUGAUUCUUUCAAAGUCAGAAUAUUGUGAAAAAGGGAACUGUUUGGUCCCCAUUUUAGAAAUGGUAGUUUGUCAUAGUUCAGUGAGAUGUUUACAAGAUGUUCCUAAUUUGCUGACUGUCAGCAGAUGUCAAACAUUAACCCUUCAAAUCAAAGGCUAAGCAUUUGGCCUCAUGCAACCUGUUUAUCUAUUGACAAACUCUUCCCGUUUGGUAAGACAUUUUGAACAUUGGACUAUUUGGUAGCCUUAGCCUACCAUGGUUUUAAAUCAGAAAAAGCCAACUGACAACUUUAUAAGGUAACUUACUUUACCUUCGGUGGUCUCCUAUCUGAUAUGAGUAGCAUUUUUCAAGCAUGCUUCUCUAAUUAUAUUAUGAAAGCAGUUUAGAACACUUUCCUUUAGACAUUUGCUCCUAGAGGCUUUUUAAGAAUCGACUAAUGGCCACACGCAGCAGUUUUGGUGAGCUAGCUAUCUAAUUUUUUAUAAGCUAGUUAGCUAUGCAAAUGUUUGCGUGUGGACAUAUUUGUUACCCUUUUUGUUACUACAUCAUUGUGUAACUUAUCAAAAAGUAAUUGUAGCUUUGUAGCUAAUUGCUUUUGAUAAAAAUGUUAUCAACAA